AUGGAAACAGACUGGAAGGCGUCCAUAGCCGUGUGCUCGUGUGCGCAGCCCCUGCAUCAGUGCCGCAGGCCCCGCCUCUCUCUGCUGGGUAGAGCGAACGAUGAACGCUGGGUCAAAGUCGACGUGCGCGGUCAGGUAAAACUGUUCUGGCGGCGGAGGCCAAGCGCAUCUCCGGCGUGUGUUCAGCGGUCGCACGGUCUCCCGGUGCGUGUGCGGAGAGCCGAGAGGAGCCGAGAGGAGCCGAGAGGAGCCGAGACGAGCCGAGACGAGCCGAGACGAGCCGAGAGGAGCCGAGAGGAGCCGAGACGAGCCGAGACGAGCCGAGAGGAGCCGAGACGAGCCGAGAGGAGCCGAGAGGAGCCGAGACGAGCCGAGAGGAGCCGAGACGAGCCGAGACGAGCCGAGACGAGCCGAGACGAGCCGAGAGGAGCCGAGACGAGCCGAGAGGAGCCGAGAGGAGCCGAGACGAGCCGAGAGGAGCCGAGAGGAGCCGAGAGGAGCCGAGAGGAGCCGAGAGGAGCCGAGACGAGCCGAGACGAGCCGAGACGAGCCGAGACGAGCCGAGACGAGCCGAGACGAGCCGAGAGGAGCCGAGAGGAGCCGAGAGGAGCCGAGAAGGAGCCGAGAGGAGCCGAGAGGAGCCAAAGGACGAACAGGCUGAUGAUGCGUCUGGCCUGUUGCACAGCACUUCUGUUUUUGCUGAGGCUGCUGGUGGGUCUGCCCUGGUACCAGGUCACUCCGGCGGUCCUCAUCUUCUACCUGGGGAGUGGAGGAUGGAGUUUUCUGCAAAUAUUUGCCAAAACUGUUGGAAGAGACCUGCAUGCAGCCUAUGUGUUGCUUCGAGUGAAACUAAACGUGAAGCGACACUUGCGAGAGAAGAACACAAUCCCCAAGAUUUUCGCAGAAACAGUUCAGCGUCAUGGCGACAAAACUGCGCUCAUCUUUGAAGGCACUGGUGAGAAAUGGACCUUUCGACAGCUCGACGAAUACUCCAAUCGAGUCGCAAAUCUUCUGCUACAACGAGGUUUCAAGGAAGGAGACGUGGUGGCCCUCUUCAUGGAAAACAGGGCCGAGUAUGUGGGCUUGUGGCUGGGUAUGGCUAAGAUCGGAGUGGAGGCCGCACUCAUCAACUUCAACCUGAGACUUGAGGCUCUGGUCCACUGCGUCACCAUCUCCAAUGCCAAGGCUGUUGUGUUUGGCUCUGAACUGACUGAGGCUGUGUCUGAGGUGCACAGUUCGAUGAGGAAAGCCGUUCUGAUGCUGUGCUCUGGAGAAUGGGUCCCAGAGCGAGUCCCACGAGGAACUGAGUGUCUGGAGACGCUGCUUGAUAGUGCCCCGUCACACACUCCACCCAGACAACCCCAACGCUGCUUUAUCGAUCGCCUUUUCUACAUCUACACUUCAGGAACCACUGGAAUGCCCAAAGCUGCGAUUGUUGUUCACAGCAGGUACUACCGGAUGGCUGCUUUGGUGUAUUAUGGCUUCAGGAUGUCACCAGAUGAUGUUCUGUACGACUGUCUUCCCCUCUACCACUCUGCUGGUGAGUCGGUUUGGUUUUGCAUUUAUGAAAAGAAAGUCAAGAGUCGCACUCUCCUCUCUCCCUCCCCGGUACCCUCACUCUCCUCUCUCCCUCCCCGGUACCCUCACUCUCCUCUCUCCCUCCCUGGUACCCUCACUCUCCUCUCUCCCUCCCUGGUACCCUCACUCUCCUCUCUCCCUCCCCGGUACCCUCACUCUCCUCUCUCCCUCCCCGGUACCCUCACUCUCCUCUCUCCCUCCCCGGUACCCUCACUCUCCUCUCUCCCUCCCCGGUACCCUCACUCUCCUCUCUCCCUCCCCGGUACCCUCACUCUCCUCUCUCCCUCCCUGGUACCCUCACUCUCCUCUCUCCCUCCCCGGUACCCUCACUCUCCUCUCACUCUCCUCUCUCCCUCCCCGGUACCCUCACUCUCCUCUCUCCCUCCCCGGUACCCUCAGUCUCCUCUCUCCCUCCCCGGUACCCUCACUCUCCUCUCUCCCUCCCUGGUACCCUCACUCUCCUCUCUCCCUCCCUGGUACCCUCACUCUCCUCUCUCCCUCCCCGGUACCCUCACUCUCCUCUCUCCCUCCCUGGUACCCUCACUCUCCUCUCUCCCUCCCCGGUACCCUCACUCUCCUCUCUCCCUCCCCGGUACCCUCACUCUCCUCUCUCCCUCCCCGGUACCCUCACUCUCCUCUCUCCCUCCCCGGUACCCUCACUCUCCUCUCUCCCUCCCUGGUACCCUCACUCUCCUCUCUCCCUCCCUGGUACCCUCACUCUCCUCUCUCCCUCCCCGGUACCCUCACUCUCCUCUCUCCCUCCCUGGUACCCUCACUCUCCUCUCUCCCUCCCCGGUACCCUCACUCUCCUCUCUCCCUCCCUGGUACCCUCACUCUCCUCUCUCCCCGGUACCCUCACUCUCCUCUCUCCCUCCCCGGUACCCUCACUCUCCUCUCUCCCUCCCUGGUACCCUCACUCUCCUCUCUCCCUCCCUGGUACCCUCACUCUCCUCUCUCCCUCCCCGGUACCCUCACUCUCCUCUCCCCCUCCCUGGUACCCUCACUCUCCUCUCUCCCUCCCCGGUACCCUCACUCUCCUCUCUCCCUCCCUGGUACCCUCACUCUCCUCUCUCCCUCCCCGGUACCCUCACUCUCCUCUCUCCCUCCCCGGUACCCUCACUCUCCUCUCUCCCUCCCCGGUACCCUCACUCUCCUCUCUCCCUCCCCGGUACCCUCACUCUCCUCUCUCCCUCCCUGGUACCCUCACUCUCCUCUCUCCCUCCCCGGUACCCUCACUCUCCUCUCUCCCUCCCUGGUACCCUCACUCUCCUCUCUCCCUCCCUGGUACCCUCACUCUCCUCUCUCCCUCCCCGGUACCCUCACUCUCCUCUCUCCCUCCCCGGUACCCUCACUCUCCUCUCUCCCUCCCCCCGGUACCCUCACUCUCCUCUCUCCCUCCCCCGGUACCCUCACUCUCCUCUCUCCCUCCCCGGUACCCUCACUCUCCUCUCUCCCUCCCCGGUACCCUCACUCUCCUCUCUCCCUCCCUGGACCCUCACUCUCCUCUCUCCCUCCCUGGUACCCUCACUCUCCUCUCUCCCUCCCUGGUACCCUCACUCUUCUCUCUCCCUCCCUGGUACCCUCACUCUCCUCUCUCCCUCCCUGGUACCCUCACUCUCCUCUCUCCCUCCCCGGUACCCUCACUCUCCUCUCUCCCUCCCCGGUACCCUCACUCUCCUCUCUCCCUCCCUGGUACCCUCACUCUCCUCUCUCCCUCCCCGGUACCCUCACUCUCCUCUCUCCCUCCCCGGUACCCUCACUCUCCUCUCUCCCUCCCUGGUACCCUCACUCUCCUCUCUCCCUCCCUGGUACCCUCACUCUCCUCUCUCCCUCCCCGGUACCCUCACUCUCCUCUCUCCCUCCCCGGUACCCUCACUCUCCUCUCUCCCUCCCCGGUACCCUCACUCUCCUCUCUCCCUCCCCGGUACCCUCACUCUCCUCUCUCCCUCCCUGGUACCCUCACUCUCCUCUCUCCCUCCCCGGUACCCUCACUCUCCUCUCUCCCUCCCCGGUACCCUCACUCUCCUCUCUCCCUCCCUGGUACCCUCACUCUCCUCUCUCCCUCCCUGGUACCCUCACUCUCCUCUCUCCCUCCCCGGUACCCUCACUCUCCUCUCUCCCUCCCUGGUACCCUCGUGGCCAUAUUGGGGUAACAUUGUGGGAGUUGGCCAAUGUAUUAUUCAUGGGAUGACUGUCGUCAUUAGAAAGAAGUUCUCUGCCUCACGUUUCUGGGAUGACUGUGCCAAGUACAACUGCACUAUUGUUCAGUACAUUGGGGAGAUCUGCAGGUACCUGUUGAACCAGCCAGUGCGGGACUCCGAGCGACAGCACCGUGUGCGCAUGGCUUUAGGUAACGGUCUGCGCCAGUCCAUCUGGGAAGAGUUCAUGAACCGCUUCAACAUCCCUCAGAUUGCAGAGUUUUAUGGUGCUACAGAGUGUAACUGCAGUCUUGGCAAUUUUGAUAAUAAGGUCGGAGCAUGUGGCUUCAACAGUCAAAUUUUACCUUUCAUUUACCCCAUCCGACUGGUGAGGGUGGAUGAGGAAUCCAUGGAGCUCAUUCGAGGGCCUGAUGGUGUCUGUAUUCCCUGCAAGCCUGGUGAACCUGGGCAACUAGUAGGAAAGAUUAUCCAGAAUGAUCCACUACGCAGGUUUGAUGGUUAUGUCAACCAAUCAGCAACCAGCAAGAAGGUUUCCCAAAGUGUUUUUAAGAAGGGUGAUAGUGCCUAUCUUUCUGGUGAUGUGCUCAUCAUGGACAAAUAUGGCCACAUGUAUUUCAAGGACAGAACAGGGGACACUUUCCGCUGGAAAGGAGAGAAUGUUUCAACCACAGAAGUGGAGGGGACACUCAGUCGGUUGCUUGACAUGAAAGAUGUUGUUGUUUAUGGAGUAGAGGUGCCAGGAGCAGAAGGAAAGGCUGGAAUGGCAGCCAUCGCUGACCCGUCUCUGUCCAGUGACCUGGAGCAGUUAGUGAAGGACAUGGAGAAGGCUCUUCCCCCAUACGCCCGACCGGCUUUCCUCCGUUUUCUACCAGAGGUCAACAAGACGGGAACAUUCAAGUUUCAGAAGACAGAGCUGCGGAGGGAAGGCUUUGAUCCUAGUGCAAUAUCGGACAGGCUGUUUUUUCUGGAUUCCAGUAGAGGCCGCUAUGUGUCAUUAGAUGAAGAUAUUCACCGCUCCAUUCUGGCAGGAAAAGUGAAAUUGUGA